GCUGCUGCUGCUGCCGCCACCGCCCGGCCCUCCCCGCGUCUGCUGGCCCCCACCCGGUCCCUGAGCACCAUCCCCCCGGGUGUCCCUCCAGUCGACACCGCUGCCGCCUUCCCCACCGGCCCUCUGUGCCAGACUUCGCCGCUUGCCAGACCCGUGCGCAUCCCCGGCAAGGCUCCCUCACCCUUGUCCUCGGCCUACUACAUGUCAGCCAACAGCCUGAUCACGGUGCCGGCGGAAUUUACCUUGGCCCCUCGGGAGGCCAGGCUGGUGACUCUCCUGGAGCAUGCCCGCCAGUCCACCUUCAACCGGGACCCCGAUGGGACAAUCCUGCGGUUUGCUGGCGGCUGGGUUCGCGACAAACUACUUGGCAUCCAAUCCAAUGACAUUGACGUGGUCAUCAACAACAUGUCCGGCGAGGACUUUGCCAAGAUCGUCACCGCCUACUGCCAGGCCAACGAACUGGACAUCUCCAGCACGGCGGUCAUCAAAAUGAAUCCCGAGCAAUCAAAGCACUUGGAAACGGCCACGGUGCGCAUUUUCGGGAAUUGGGUGGACUUCGUCAAUCUUCGGUCUGAGCUCUACGCCGAGAAUAGCCGCAUCCCGACCAUCACCAUUGGUACUCCUUUUGAGGAUGCCUCCCGGCGGGAUAUCACCAUCAACUCGCUUUUCUUCAAUCUUCGUGACAAGACCAUCGAGGAUUUCACCGGCAGGGGCCUCUUUGACUUGGAGGCGAAGCUGAUUCGCACGCCGCUCGACCCGCUGGUCACCUUUACCGAUGACCCGUUGCGCAUGCUCCGGACCAUUCGCUUUGCCAGUCGCCUGUCUUUCACCAUCGAGCCCGAGACAGCAUCCUUCCUGGCGGAUCCCUCCUGCCAUGCGGCUCUCAGCCAGAAGAUCAGCAAGGAGCGCAUCGGCAUCGAGGUGCAUAAGAUGCUGUGCGACCCCCACCCGGAGCUGGCUGCCCAGUAUCUGGACAAAACCGGGCUCCUGCGGGUGAUUGCCGUCCUCGCGGGUGAGUUGGCCGCCAAUCCCGGGCUCCCCUUUGAUCGGCUGUACCAGGAUACCUUCGCCCGGCCUCUGGAUGGUCUGCCGGAAAACAUGACUCCCAGUGACCUGAUCUUGGCAUUCAAAAACAUUUCGGCCGCCAACCUGGUUCCCCAGCACCAACCCGGGUUCGUGUCAAGGGUCCCUCCCCCGGCCGAGUCCAAACCCAAGAAAGCCAAGGGGGCUUCCAACGAGCCGAAGCGCGCCGCCGCCGCCGCCGCCGCGAACCCCUCUCUUCCCAAAGACCAGGACUCCCUGGCGGAUCUGAUUCCCAAUCUGCCGGAAGAUGCGCCCCAGCGCUGUCUCUACAUUGGCUACCUGGCUGCGAUGCUGUUGCCCAUCCGCAACCUUCCCCCGCUGCCGAUUGUGCCAACGACCGGCUCGGCAGCUACCCCGGCGACGGAGGCCACUGCUGCCGCCGCCGCCGCCGCCGCCGCGAGUAUGUCGCCGCCCGCUCCGGCCACCUCCAAGUUUGGCAUUGCCCCGGUCCUGCCGGCCAGCAUCUCCCGCACCAAUCGCGUCAUCCGUGAUCUGCUGAAGCUUCCCCACCGCGACGCCAACUCCGUGUGUGUGGUCAUCCGGUCGAUUCCCCUCUGGGAGCCUUACCUGGCGCGCUUUGUCGGCCCCGACACCUCACCCGAUGCCGCGCCGUCGGUGGCCUGCCACGAUCUCCCCUCGACCGCUGGUGGGGAUCUCGUUCGACAUGAGCUCGGCGAGCGCAUCCGCGCGGCCGGCCCCCUGUGGCAUGUGUCCCUGCAGCUGACCAUCCUCCUGGCCACCUUCCCGGCGGCCGGGCUCCCCGGCGGCCAGGCAGACCAUGAUGCCUGGCUCGCCACCGCUCGUGCCCUUGCCCAGCGUGCCUUCAGCCACAUUUCCCAGCUCGGCCUCGAGGAGGCGCACCUCUUCCGGCCGCUGCUCAAUGGCCACCAGAUUGCCUCGAUCCCCGGCAUCCGAAUGGGGCCCCUCAUCGGCCACCUGCUUAACCUGCUCAUGGGCUGGCAGUUGGAGCAUCCCAAUGCGACGGCCGACCAAGCCCACGAGUGGCUCACCGCCUCGCUGCCUGAACUGCUGCUGGUGGCGGAACGGGCCAGGGAGAUGGCCGCCGUGGCGAAGAAGUGAUCAUGUGACAAUAGACUCGAAUUGCCGA